AUGCCAAAAAUAAGAGUGGUUGACGGAAGCAAGAAAUUUCCGCAUCCAGAGGAAAAGCUGGCUUCAACUAAGGAAGAAGCUCGAAAAAGAGUGGGUUAUGCAGUAGAAAGUGCCCGAGAAGCCAAAGAAGGUGAAAAUAAAGUUUUUAGUUUCAAGACUGGUGGUUAUUCCAAUACCAAUAGAGAAAGUUUUGAAAGUGCAGUACAAGCACUAAGUGGAUUAAUUAAAAUAGCCAAAAAUGAUGGUUCGGGUGAUGGUUUUAAUGAUGUGAAAACUUCAAUUCACAAGGUUAGCCAAAUUAAUGAAGAGGAGGAGAAAGCCAAAACCGAAGAAAGAGAAAAAAUCCAAAAAGAACUUGAACAAAAGAGAGCCGAAGAAGAGGAGAAGGCAAGAGCCAAAUUAACUAAGGAUUUUCAAGAAAUUCCCGAUAAUGUUGACUUUGAUAACCAAAAAACCGAAGAAAUAUUUACUAAUAUUGAAGAACUAAAAUCUUCUCGAGAAAGUAAUGUUUAUGAGGAACAGGAAGAAGAAAUUAAGGAGAAAAAAGAUAAAUUAGCCGAAAAAAACUUUCAAGGUUAUGGUAAGUUCAUGGCUAAACUUAUCCAAAAAAAAAUAGACGGUGCUAAGGUUAAAAUUGAUAAAAUAGGUGGUCAAAUUAAAGCAAAAUUAGAUAAAUUAAUGAACGGCGAGACUAGUAGUGUCGUGGAAACCCGCCAAAUUGAGGAAGAGGUAAGUGAAAAAGUUAGCGAAGAAGUAGCCAAGGUAGAAGUGGAUAAUCUCUUAACCCAAGCCCAAAAUUUACUAAGUGGUGCGGUUAGUGAUUUAGAAAAUCAAUUAGGCAAGUUAAAGAGAGAUUUUUAUAGUCUGAAAUCAAGUCUUAAUCCUUACCAACGAAAAGCCUGUCAGGAAAGAUAUAGGGAAGUAAGCCAAUCUCUUAAGGCUUUAGAAAGUAUUUCUUUAAAUAAGGUUCAACCUUCUAUUUCUGAACCUAGUUUAUUUCGCCCCGAAUUGGUUAUCCCGGUAGCUUUGGUCGUAGCACUAAUGGUGGCAUUGUUAAUAAAAGUAAGAAGAAGAAAAAUAUAG